AUGGCGCCAAGCUUCUUGGCCGACGCGGGAAGCAUCCGCGUUCUGCAGUCGCAGUCGUCGCUUGCUUCGACCGGACGCGCGGGAAUGAUAGACGGCGAGAUUCAGCAGCUCAUUCGGGAUAAGCGGCUGGAGGAUCCCUUUUACGUGAUGGACAUUGGGGAACUCGUCCGCCUGUUUACGGGAUGGACAAACGCCUUUCCCCGGGUCCACCCUUUCUACGCGGUGAAGUGCAACCCGUCGCCGCUGCUCCUCUCCGUGCUUGCAUCUUUAGGAGCGGGAUUCGACUGCGCGAGCAAGGCCGAGAUUUCUCAGGUUCUGAGCAUGGGUGUGUCGCCUGAUAGCAUCAUCUUCGCCAACCCCUGCAAGAUGCCGUCGCACAUCACCUACGCCUCGCGAGUGGGUGUGCGUGCGACCACGUUCGACUCUGAAUCCGAGCUUGUCAAGGUGCACGCGUUGAACCCGUCUGCGGUGGUGCUGCUCCGUCUGCAAGCCAACGACUCCACGGCUCGAUGCAACCUCGGCGUCAAGUACGGCGCGCUCAUGCACGAGGUGCCUUCUCUCCUCGCCGUCGCGGCGCGCCUCAAGCUCCACGUGGCGGGAGUGUCUUUCCACGUCGGUAGCGGCGCGGCCGAUCCCGCUGCCUUCACCCGCGCCAUCGCCGCGGCGCGCGACGUGUUCGACAUGGCCGCUGAUGUGGCACGAGCGGCCGGCACGCCUGCCAUGUCGGUGCUUGACGUUGGUGGCGGAUUUACGGCGCCUGGGACGGGAUGCUCUGGCGGGAUGGCUUUUGACGCCGCAGCCAAUGCGAUCAACUCGGCGAUUGACCGUUUCUUCCCGGAAGCCAGCGGCGUGACGGUAAUCGCGGAGCCCGGCAGGUACUUUGCUGAGACGCCCUCGACGCUCGCGACGUGCGUCUUCGGCCGUCGGGUACGCGGCGAGCGGCGCGAGUACUGGAUCAACGACGGGCUGUACGGCUCGAUGAACUGCGCGCUCUACGACCACGCGACUGUGCGCGCGCACCCGCUUGCGCGCGCAUCCGUCGCACCGGACGGGUCUUCCGCCGACGGCGGGAUUGAUGGCGGAAAGUUUGAGGUUAUUGACGUGAGCGGCGGCGGCGGUGGGGUUGACAAGGCGGAAGUUGGGGAGGGCUUGCCUCCGGAGGCGGAGUGCGGGGGAAAGCGCAGGAAGGGCGGCGGAGGCGCGGGAGCUUUGCGCGGGGCGAGCGGAGCGUCCUUCCCGUCGACGGUGUUCGGUCCCACGUGCGACGGGCUGGAUAUGGUUCUGCGCGACGAGGCGCUGCCUGAGCUGGCGAUCGGUGAUUGGCUGGUGUUUCCGAACAUGGGCGCGUACACUGCAGCGGCUGGGUCCAGCUUUAACGGGUUCGCGACCGGGGAGAUUAAGACGUAUUUGGUGUACACCGUGGAAGGAGAGGAGGAGCACGGCGGCAAGGCGGGCCUGGCGGCGGCAGGGAUGAACGGCGGAAGCGGAAGCGGGAGCGGAACGUUUGAGGGGAUGAGCAUGAGCGGGAUGCUGGGAGGGGAUGACAACGGCAUGGCGGAGGCAGGGGGGUCGCCGGGGAUGUGCCUGGCGCGGUCGGCGUCAGAGGAGAUGCUGCACACGCCGCGGAGCUCUGGCGGAGGCAGCAGCGACCGCGGGAGUCUGGGCGGCGUGUGCGACGCGGCUGGCAGUGAGAGCAUCUGA